AUGGACGACGAUGAGAGCGUGUCCACGCCGUCCACAACACCCGCAACAUCGCCAUCCACAACAUCUCCGUCUCUAUCCACGCCUCGGUCACCACCAAUGUCCGGGACGAAAGUGAGGCUGUUUGACGGCAACAACUACAACAGUAGCCGAGAGAGAAAGAGGCCAUCUGUUUUUCAAGGUGAUGGACUCGCUGCCUUCAUAGAUAUCUACUGCAGCCCGGAUGCGUCCAGGAGCCCAGGAACACCCGAGUACCUGGCACCCCAGUCGCCGAUGGAGAGAUACUAUCAGGAGGAGGAAGUGCCUUGGCAACUGAGUGGGACGAUGGAUGGCACUGUCGCUGGGGAGCCUAGAGAGGAGAGAGAAGACGAACGCGAAAGGCGGUUAAGCAACGUCGUCGAAGAUGCGCUAAAGGUCUUCAGCGGCACAAAUGAAGCUUCAGCACAACCUCCAAAUUCGAAAUCACCGGCUACAAUCGAGGUGGUAGUAAACCACGGCAAGAAUACCAUUCCCACAAGCGAGAUGCAGGAGAGCCUCCUCCACGACCUGAUGGUGCCGAGUCAGGUUGAGCGUAAGAAGAAAAUGUUCACGAAGGGAGCCGUGUAUUCGCAUAUUCGGCAACGAAAAUCUGCGAGGAAAGAAGACGGUGCGAUAGUUGUUGAGGACGCGCGUGGGGUGGAGAGGGGCAAGAAGAGGAGGGGGAAGGGGAACUCGGUGGCGUCGGAUCGGAGUGGAUAUGAUAGCUCUCAACGCUUGAGGAGUUUCUCUGUGAGUGAUGAGGAAGAGAAGAGAGUAAGAUGAUGAAGCUCCGGGAUAGACAUGUGUGAGUGCUUAUAGAAAGAAGGGGGUUCGGCUUUAUUUCUGGGAACGCAGGUUAUACAGGCGGCACUUUGGGUUAUUGAUGUUUUAAAAAGAUAUCUUAAAAUAUUUAAACAUUUUAAUAAAAAGAAUUGGUUAUUAGCGAUAGAGGUUAGCACGCAUUGCUUUUAUAACCAAAAUUAAACGAAUACAAC